ACUCACUUUACUGGUAAAUUUAUGGAUAAACAUUGGUCCCGUUGCUUUUUCUUCCGUGAGCAGGGAAGGGCAAGAUUGUCGCGAAAGAAAGAAAACCGCCCAAACGAUUGGCCACUGCCAAUUCGGCGAUCAAUUAAAGGCCCUGAUCCUGCAUGCAGGAUUGUGGGAUGUGAUCUACCACCUCGCCCACGAGGGACAUGAUUCCAUCCAGGAUGUUGGGCGCAAAAGCACGAAACAUUUACGGAGCAGUGUACCCAAGUACCCAAGGGGGAAAUGGAAACGAGUAAGAUCGCCAAAAGGUAAC